GAGUCUCGGCUCGGCUACGGCUAGAAUGGUUAAAAAAUUCACUUCAUUCGUAAUUCGACAACAGUCGGCGGCGGUCGUAAUUUGAAAUGAUAAGAGUUUUUAAAAGUGCUGUUUGUUGAAGUUGAAGUGGAUAUAAAGUUUUAAAAUAGUGAGUCAAGAUGGAUUCCGAAUAUUACAAGGUGGAUGUGGUUCACUACGUGAAUCCCCAUUUGAUUUGGGUGGUAACUCGAAAGCAGGGUGAUGAAUCGAAGUUUAUCUUCGAACAAAUCGGUCUGUAUGGUGUUUUGCCACAAAAUGUGACUAUUGACAUAGAUUGUGUGUUAAAAACGGAAGUCGCUGAGGACUGGCUGCCGGCAGCUGUGGUGGCUAUGACCAAAUCUUUCCACGACGCUUCUGAAGUCUGGUUCUCCCCUACCUUCAUAGAUAAAAAGUCAUCUAUCUUCGACGACAACACCCACAAGUUUGGCGACAUAUGCAUCUUCAAAAAAGAUGGCAAGACCAUCAAUUUAUCAGACGAAGUAGUCCAGUCCGGCUUUGCUUAUGCCGACGAGCAUAUAUUCCACCAGAAGCUGGUUACGAACAACCUUAAAACCAAGCUUGGUUACGUCGCCGAACACGAUGUCAUCAAGAAGUUGAAAGAAGGAUUUAUAACAAGAACGAUACCGGAGAAAAUUUGGCUGCUCGUUCUCCGACAGCAAACGUUAGUUUUCGAAGAAGCCCAAGAGUUAGAAGAGGCGAUCAAGAACCGCAAAAUUGCUCUUCAAGGUCAUGAAACGGUUCAAAGUGUUUUGCAGAACAAGAUGAACGAUUUGAAGCUCUGCAAGGGCGUUGAUGAGGUUUCUGCUGGUCGCGCGAAUAGUCUGAGGCGAUUUAGAUCUACUGCUGAGACUACCAAUGAUACCAAUGUCAAUGUCAACUGGAAAAACAAGUUUGAGUGGUUGUCACAGAAAGCAAAGGAAAAUAGGAAACGGGGCAAUGGAUCUGAAUGUAACACGACUUUCUCCGACGACGAAACCAACGUGAACCCUGAAGGCAAGAAGCAUCAUGUUCCCAAUCGCUUCAUGAAUACAAAUAAUCGUAAUUUUAGAAACAAUAACGAGAAUAAUCGUUAUAACAGAAAUGAAAAUAAUCCCUCCGGAAAAUCGGAAGCCUCACAAUUUUCCUCUAACAGUGGUUGUCGUGAUUUCCGACGCAAUUCAUUUAAUGAUGGUGAUGACCAAAAUUGUGAUCAAAAUAACCAGGCACAUCGUCAGAAUAACUAUCGCGUCACCCAAACCAAUUAUCGCAACGACACGAACAACUAUCGCAACAACACGAACAACCAUCGCAACAACUCGAAUAACUAUCGCAACAACUCGAACAACUUUCACAACAACUCGAAUAACUAUCGCAACAACUCCAACAACUAUCGUAAUAACCAGAAUAACGAUCACAACAACCAGGACAACGAUGGGAACAAUCAAAAUUACAAUCGUUGUAACCGGGACUCUGGUCGAAAACCACAGACGGGCGCUGGUCAAGAAGUACGAAACAUCGCAUACGGUCCAGCUGGGCUGUCGCAUACCAAGUUCAUGAUCAAACCUCGUUCAGCAGAUGAAGAAGAAAGAAGGAAAGAAACAGAAGAGAAGAAUAUGUAUGCAAACACAACCCCAGAGGUAAAUUCUAUAUUAUCUAACUCGAAAACUGUAUUGCAAUGUACACAAAACAAUGUUGUAACUCAACCCGAGACCUCUCGGAACAAGGCUUUCGAACUUCUGAAACGCAAACGUGAGAUUUUGGCGGAACGCAAGAAACUUACUACUGUUUUUUCUAAGCCUGAUAAUAACAAUGAUUUUGACGACGAUAUGUCGGUCCUAGAUCAAGAAUUACGUGAAACAUACAAAAAACACGAUAAACCAAUUGAAAACGUUGAAAUUGUAGGUGGACGCGCACAAAAACCAAAUGUCAAUCCGUAUAGAAAUUUGGACGGUACCAUUUCCGUGUUUGUAGAUAAGUUAACCACGCCAGUUCUUAUGGUGCAUACUAAGAAAGGGAAUCACGUGCAGCCUGUGACUAAUUUGAGAGACAUACCGUUCGGUGACAACAUUCAUUGUGUGCUACGUGAUAUGCAGAUCACGAGACCUAUGAAAACGCAGACCGUGUCUUGGAUGUCCAUACUACGUGGACACAGCUUCUUUGUCGUUAGUCCCCACAAAAGUGGAAACACAAUGGGGUAUUUACCAGCCGUGUGCCGUCUAACCAGUGAUUAUAAAGAAUCUAAGGACAAAUGUCAAUUGAGGUGCAUUAUCGUUUGUGCUACCUCUCGUUCUUUGCAACAUGUCCAAAACAUCUGUAAAAUCCUCGUUCACAACUUAACAGUCUUUGCAUGCCACGCCGGUAUGUCCGAUUUAUUCAUUACGACCUCCCUUCUAAAUGGUUGCGAUAUUCUCGUAUGCACCCCUUCUAUGCUAGUACGUCUUAUUCAAAAAGACCUAAGUCUUGAUCUUCAUUAUAUUUCGACGUUUGUUAUCGACGAUUGCGAGUACAUAUCGAAAUUCUAUUCUAAAGAGAUCAAGUUCUGCGUGAUGAAAGUAUUUGAUGUCGUUAAGAAGCGGCCGCAUAGAGAAUGGAAGUGUCAGUUUAUAGCUGUCUCGCGAAUUUGGUGCGAUUUCAUGUCGACUUUAGCCAAGAAAGCCCCUGACUCCAUAGUGUGCAUCUCCGCCUUUGAAGAGUGCGUACUGUACUCAAAAGCUGCUACUAGCGUCGAAUUUCUCGCCGAAGAGAAAAAAAUAGCUUCAGUCAUUAAAUUUUUACAAAACAUUGAUAAAUCUAAAAAGACGGUUAUUGUAUGUAAAUCGAAUCACGAAGUAAAAUUUAUUGCUGACACUCUGAUUAAUCUAAAACAUAUAGUGUUCUCGUGUGAUAGUACGAUGACAGUAGAAGAUUUGUACGCUUUAGAUAAGGCGCUUAAAGAGUAUCAAGAGCCGGUGUUAGGUCCUAUUUUAGUCUGUUGUGACGGAAAUUUGACUCAUUUGAACGUGUCGGACGCUCAUUAUUUGAUCCAAUAUUCUUUGCCCAAGUUAUUUUCAAUGUUCUGCAAUAGAUUUGCUGUAUUAAAUGAAAACUAUAGGUCUGUUUUCAAUGAGGAAGAAAGUAAUGUAAAAAUUAAAAUAUUGCUUGAUAACAGUAAUAUCGAAGCUUUGCCAAAGAUACUGCAUUUUGUUAAGAGAUGCAUGCGUGAUGUUCCACCGCAUUUAGACGAAUUAACGUCGAAAGUUGUGAGAGAGAAGAACUUAGUGUUAGCUAAGAGCUUAGCGCCGAUUUGCAAAAUGCUUUUAACAUUGGGAGAAUGUCCAAAUUAUUGGAAUUGUUUCGAUAGACACUGUAUGUUCGAAGAGUACGAUGCGCCGAAAGAAUGGCUGCCUAAAGAUGGUGUUAUUAAUUUUAGAGUUAUGAAUUAUCAUUCCGCUGCUCACUACUCCGCUAGACUUUUGUCCUACACGUCACGGGAUAGAGAAACGAAAACGUUACCCCAGAAUUAUAGCUUACUUUCGCUUAAAAUGGGCAUGUAUUAUAGUAAGGAGUCUAAUAAAAGACUUCAAGGAAUUUUGACAGCUGGAGACAUCUGCGCGGUCACGCUGAAGCAAAACCUAUUCGUGCGCUGCCAAAUCAUUAAAGUUGCGAACUCCAAAGGAAAUAAUGUAUUGAUCAAACUAAUAGACGAAGAAAUUUACAAAUACGUUUCUGAUACGUCGUUGUACCAUUUGCCUGAAGAAUUAAAGAAUAUUGAAACUUAUGUCGUUAAUGUUGCACUGGCUAACAUAAGACCUGAAGAUAAAGACGUAACGUACUCAGAUCUAGCUGAAAAACAUAUUAAACAAUUUAUUGAAGAGAGCGAAGACGUGUUUGUGAGAGGUCAAAUCGCAAUGGUCAUUGGAAACACCGUUUUAGUAGAAAACUUAGAAGUCUGCCAAGAAUUGUCUUCGUUGAAAGAAGUAGUUGUGAAACAUAAUCUGCGUCAAGAACUUCUAGAUGGGCAUGCCGUACCUUGCCCUGAUCAUAUAAAUAAUUUAAAGAACAUAUGCGAUUUUGUUGUCAUCAAUGACGAAAACAAAACACAGUAUGUAAAGCCUCCAAAACCAUUAGCUAAGCCCUUGCCAAAAUGCCGAUGGGCUCAUUUAGAAGACGGUGUAUUUUCUACGGUAAUGCUCAUGACAGCCGACCAUCCUGAUCAAUUCUUUGUCAGACAUAAUAAAUUUGAGAAAUGUCUCACUGCACUUAUAAAUGAUAUUAAAUUGCAUGUAGCUGAGAACCCUCAACCGAAAGAAGAGAUCAAUCAAGGAGAUAUUGUAAUCGCUGAGUACCCAGAUGAUACUACAUUUGAAAGGGCUAGAGUAGAGAGUAGCGUCACUAAUGGUAAAGCUAAAUGCUUCUUUGUGGACCAAGCGGAAUGGAGGGAAAUAUCUGUAAAUAAAAUUUUACCUAUCACUGAAAAAUUUAUCACUCAACUGCCAUUCCAAGCCAUUGAAUGUAGACUGGUGGGUGUCAAGCCAUUCGGUGAAAACUGGACGGAUUUCACAACUAAUUUCUUUACUAACUCGUGCUUCGAUGACGCCGAUAAGCAUAAAUUGUUAUACAUAAAAUAUUUUAAAAAGGAAAAAGCUACAGUAACAGAAGGUCACAAAUACGGUGUCGUUUUAAUUGAUACAUAUUCCGAGGACGAUAUAAUCAUUAAUGAAAUGUUGAUUGAAAAGAAUUUGGCGGAAGAAAAUGAUGAGGUAGAUCUUUUAAAUGAUGUAGGAUUCGAAAAGAAAGGAGAAGUCCCAUCUGAUAUAGAGGAGGACGAACCCAAACCGUCGACAAGUCAAAUAGAUAAAUCUAUAUUCUUAAAUAAUACAAGCCAACAGUCGUCUUCUAAUAAUAUUGUCCAAUAUGUACCGGUUACCGAUUAUGAUGACGAGGCAGAUGAUGAAUUUGACUUCGUAGCUGACGAUCCCGAGGCUCUGUUACCUGCACCAUUGUCUCAAAUAGUGGGUAUAAAAGAACUCCCAGAUGCAAUGUGGUCUGAACAAGAUGUUGCUUUACCUUUAACAUACGAUAUACCUGCGGAGACAAAUGAAAAGAAUGUAGUUGAUGAUGAUAAUAUAAAAACCGAUACUGAGGACGCAAAAAGUAGUAUAACAGAUGAGAACUAUGUAGUCGAAACAACAGCCAUUGUUGAAGAAGUUAAAACUCCCACAGUGGAUGAUAUCAAACCUAAAGUCGAUGAUAUAAAACCUAAUGUUGAAGAUGUCCAAAACAGCGCAGAAGUAAUUUGUAAACCUAAAGUUUUAUGGUCACAAACACGAACUUUAGUUACGCUAAAAAUUCAAUUGAUCGUCGAUAAUUAUGAUUUGACUAUUAAAGAUAGGGGAUUAAGUAUGGCGGCGAAGGUUCAAGAUACAUCGUACGGAUUUGACAUAGAAUUAUACGGCGUAGUUACGUUGAAAAACUGUUCACAUGCUAACAAAGGUCAAUAUAUAUUGGUUAAGUUGUUUAAACGCAGGUCUCAAAAAUGGUUGUCGUUGACCACAGACCGUAAGGUGCCGAAAUGGAUAGCGUAUGACAUGGAGACAAUUGAAGUGUCGUCUGAUGAGGAAUUUGAGGUAGUGAACCCUUUUAAGGAUAUGAUACAACACCGAGAGGAGGACAGUGAUAGCGAUAAUAGUUUCUACGACGAUAGUACCUUUACAUAUGACAAGUAUAAGUAUUAACUUAACGAAUGUCUCGUUGAUGGAGUGGUUGUAUUUCAAAUUGGGUUUCUAUUCAUAGGUCUAGGCUUUUUUAAACUUUAAAUUCUUUCGCUACUAGUGUCUAUAGACUUUCUCCUUUAUUUCUGUUUCGUACAUCGCUUAUGCAACUGCUUCUAACGAUUCUAAUAUCGUGUACCCUAUCUCUUUUAGUACGAUAUUGUUCUUUUUACUGAAUUCUAAAAUUUUACUCAGACUGUCAUCUUCGCGUCUUGCCAGAUUUCUUGCCCCCUUUCAAAAUUCGCCGUCGACUAUUGUCAGAUUAUGGAUUUCGAUAUUUCGUACUCGAUCGAGUAUUUUAAUAUCGAGAAUAGUUCAUUGUAUAAUCUGUAUUUGUAUUUACAGAAAAUUAUGUUUUUCCCUUUCGGAUCGAAGUAAGGGAUCCUAGUGGAUCAAUCGAGUUCUAUUGAACACUUAAAAAGUUGUUUAUAAUUGUAUGGAGUUUUUAAAUGGCUAUAUUCCAUUCGCACAGUUUUGUAUGAUGCAGUAUGAUAGCAGUGUGUUUAUUGAAACCAAAAUGCAUUUUAAGCCUAUUAUAAUAAAAGUUCAAAAGCUUAUACUUCGUACUCAUUACGCUGCAGCUAGACUGAAGUGUCCAACCAACAUUACCAUUAUCAGCCAGGAUAUCUGAAGCUGAACAAAGAGUAUCUUUCUUAGGUUUGCUAAAAUCAUCACGCUUGUCAGGUUAUAUGUACUUUCUAAGAUUAUUUAGACACCACAGAUAUGCGGUGAAGGAAACAGAAAACAAUGUAUAAGUUUGAAUUUGCCAACCCGCCUUGAGCUAGCGUGGUGAUUAAUGCUCAUACCUUCUCCGUGUGAGAAGAUGCCUUUGUUUGCUGUACGGUAGUUACUGGCUGAUGGUGUAUUACUUCAGAUUAUUUGCGAAAGCUGAAAUGAAUCAGGUCUAUGAAGAUGUAGCUUUCUAGUAUUCUAAAGGUACUUUUAACGGAGACUAUGUUUAUGUGGGAGAACCAUGCUUCGGUAUUAUUGGGCCUCUGACAACUGUUUGAAAAUCUGCAUGAAAUAAUGCUUACGUUAUGUUUCGCCUUGUGAGUGAGGUUACCAGAGGCCCAGUGGCUAACGUCAAGAUCAUAAUUAACCAAUUUGGUGCAUCCAUUCUUGAGUUUUAGUCAGAUUCUAAAGUAUUAUUAAUUUUAAUAUAUAGCGUCUUGAAAAGUCGUUACAAAGCAUAAAGGGGUGAUACUUUAGACCAUUAAGAAGAUAGGCGGCCAUAUUGUUGUUUUGUUAAGGGCCAUCCCUUUGUGGGGCAUUGUAAAAAAAUAAAUGUAUGUUCUAUAAUGAAUUAUAUUGUAGAUAAGGUUAUAUAUAAAUAAACAAUAAAUUCACGAGGACCGAAGGUACUCAGAAUUUAUCGAAAUUGUUUGACAAUGUUUGUCAUUUUAUUUUUUAACUUUUAAUUUCGUGUGUGCAUGAUAGUUGUAAGUAUAUUAAGUAUUUAUUACUGUUUUUAUGAAACAAUGACAUUUUUAAGUAAAAAUGAUAUUUUGAUUGUUUUUUUAUUCUUUUGUUGUUUUUUAUUGUUUGAUUUCGUUAGCUAACUGAUCAUGUUGAUCUACGUUGGUUUAAUAUUUGCCUUUAACAGUGUCCUGUCUGUCAGUUAGUCUAAAAUGUAUGUUUUAAGUACAAUCUUGAAGCACUAAUCCCCGUUUUCCCAAAUCUUUCCUAAAUUUUAGAAAUUCCUUAGCCAAGAUGACGUUUAACAUUAUGAUUUUCACCAAUCUAUAGGUGAUUCCUUUCCGAGUCUCGCUAAGUGGCUUUUAGUUAAGAGAUGGUUUAGGGGUUGUCGGUGAAAACGGCGAUAAUUGUCUUCUGAGAUCAUUUUGAGAUCUACGAACUCGGAAACCCAAAAUAUUGUACAUAUUUCUGUUUUUGUUUCUUUCCUUUCUGUUAUUUUCAUUUCAAUGUUAUUUUUUGUAAUAAAUA